AUGACUGCAGCACUCUCCUCGGAAAUAUCUCUCCACCCCCUCCUCGAUAACCUCCCCUCUUCCGCCUCCACAACCACCAAACAAGAGGAACCAUCCCUCCCAGCCCUCCCCAUAACCCUAAUCUGCCACUGCCCCCCCUCUUCCUCCCCAGGACCCAUCAAAGUCACCCUAACCAACCAAAUCCUCCACAACCACGCCUGCGGCUGCUCCAAAUGCUGGAAACCCUCUGGCGCCCUGUUCUCGGUAGUCGGGGUUGUUCCGUCAUCUGGUCUCUCUGUUAUCGCCAAUGCGGAGAAGUUAGAGGUGGUUGAUGAGAAUGCGACGAUUCAACGGUGGAAGUGUAAGGAGUGUGGGGUGCAUUUGUAUGGAAGGAUUGAGAAACAGCACCCGUUUAGGGGGCUGGAUUUUGUGCAUGGGGAACUUGCUUUGGGUCAGAGUGGGGGUAGUGAGGGCGAAGGUGAAAAUGAGGGUGGGGGACUGGGCGAGGGAAAGGUGGAGUUUGCUGCGUUUGUGAGCAGUAUUAUUGAGGGGGGGUUUGAACCACACGCGCACGCCAAUGGAGAUGAGGGUAAGGGUGGGAACAUAAAGCAAGUUAGAGACAGGCUGAGAGAGAUCUUUGGAGAAAAGGUGUAUGAUUGUUUGAGUCCCAGCUUGAUGGAUGUCAUUGCUGAGUGGGAGGGGAGGAGGAGUGGGAAGUUGAAGGCGGUGUUGUAA